AUGGGAAACGCUCCGGUGACCCCCGCCCCCAAGCACGGUAGCCGUAAAGCAGAGGUGCGUGCAGAGGUUGCCGGGGUAGUGCACGUGUUUGGUGUCACUGCUAUGGAAGCCAAAGGUAAAAAGAGAUUCACGGGAAAAAAUGGAAAAGCACCACAAAGAAAACAUAAAUUUAAAAAAGACAAUGAUUCUGGUCCACCUAAGAAGUUUCAUAGCAAAGGAGGUGAAGAAGGAAAGCCUAAAUUCAGAUCCAAGAAGUCUGAGAAAGGAAACAAAAAACUCAAGGCAAGUGGGAAACAAUUCAAGAGUAAGCAGCAACCAGAAAAGUUCACUAGAAAGAGAAAACUCCAGGAGGAUAAUGAGAAUGGGUCGGUACCUAAGAAGCCUAAAUGGGAUGAUUUAAAAAAGAAAAAGAAGGAAUUAAAACAGAGCAGACAACUUAAUGACAAAACAAAUUAUGAUGUAAUCAUCAAAUCAAAACAAAUAUGGGAAAGUGUGAGAAGGAAAAACUGUGACAAAGAGAAGCGAGAGAAGCUAAUAAAUGAACUACAUAAACUGCUUCAGGGGAAAAUUAAAACUAUGGCAUUUGCACAUGACUCAACUCGAGUUAUCCAGUGUUUCAUUCAGUAUGGCAAUGACAAGCAAAGACAAGAGACAUUUGAAGAAUUAAAAGAUAGCCUGCUAGAAUUGAGCAAAUCCAAAUAUUCCAGAAAUAUUGUAAAGAAGUUUCUUAUGUAUGGAACAAAACCACAAGUUGCAGAAAUAAUUAAAAGCUUUAAAGGUGAGGUAAAAAAAAUGCUUCGUCAUUCUGAAGCAUCUGCUGUGGUAGAGUAUGCAUACAAUGAUAAAGCCAUUCUGGAGCAAAGGAACAUGCUAACAGAAGAGCUCUAUGGGAAUACGUUCCAAGUUUACAAGUCCCCAGUUUACCCUACACUGGACAAAGUAUUAGAGGCUCAUCCUGAAAAGCAAGAGGCCAUUAUGGAUGAAAUGAAACAGAUUCUUACCCCAAUGGCACAAAAAGAGGCUGUGAUAAAGCACUCACUGGUACAUAAAGUAUUUUUGGACUUUUUCAUCCAUGCUCUCCCAAAACAAAGAUCUGAAAUGAUUGAAGCAAUCAGAGAAGCAGUAAUCUACCUGGCACAUACACAUGAUGGAGCCCGAGUAGCCAUGCAUGCUUUAUGGCAUGGUACACCCAAGGACAGAAAAAUCAUUAUGAAAACCAUGAAGACAUAUGUUGAAAAAAUAGCUACUGGUGAAUUCUCUCACUUGGUCUUGCUGGCAGCAUUUGAUUGCAUUGAUGAUACCAAGCUCAUGAAACAGCUAAUCAUAUCUGAGAUAAGUGGUUCUUUGCCUGAUAUUAUAAACAACAAAUAUGGAAGGAAGGUCCUGUUGUACUUGCUAAGUCCAAGGGAUCCUGCCCAUUUCUUACCAGAGAUCGUCAAAAUUCUGCAACAGGGAGAUGGAAAUGCUUACAGUAAAAAAGAUUCAGAUGUCCGCCGUUGCGAACUUUUAGAAGCCAUUUCCCCGGCCUUGUUAGGUUAUCUGCAAGAACAUGCCCAAGAAGUGGUGAUGGACAAAACUACUUGCGUGUUGGUGGCUGAUAUUUUAGGAUCUGCUCUUGGUGAUGUCCAGCCUGCCAUGAAUGCAAUUGCUAGUUUGGCAGCAGAGGAGCUGGUUCCAGGUGGCAAAGAUGGGCAGCUUCACAUCGCAGAGCAUCCAGCAGGCCAUCUGGUUCUGAAAUGGUUAAUAGAGCAAGAUGAAAAAAUGAGAGCUAAUGGAAGAGAAGGAUGUUUUGCAAGAACAUUGGUGGAAUGUGUCAGCCUUAAGAAUAUGAAGUCCUGGGCAGAAGUAAAUCGAGGUGCCAUGAUUCUUUGUUGCCUUCUCCGAAGCACAGAUCAAGAAGUGGCAAAUAAAGUCAAAGGAGGACUAAAAAGCCUCAUUCCGCAAUUGAAAUGCAAUAAAAAUGUAAAAGGAAUAGAGGCUCUGCUAGAGACAUUAACUUCCUAAUUUAAAUGAGGUUCAGAAAGACCAGUUUCUUAUCAUUGUAACCAAAUACAAGUCAGUGGAGGUUUUGCACAGUGUUUGAUUAUUUUUGUAAUAUCCUUUGUAAAAGUGUAUUUGUAAAUUAAACUGUUUUUAAAAUGA